AUGGAUCCUGUACUUCCCACACCUGAAGUCCCUCAGCCGAGCGGUCACUCUGCAUCCACGCGGCCAAAGCUGUACAUACUGGACUAUGGGGCAGGCAACGUCAGAAGUCUUGCCAAUUCGAUAAAAAAGCUGGGAUGGGAAUUCGAGUGGAUCAAGUCGGUCGAGGAUUUCGACAAGGCCGAGAAACUCCUCUUCCCUGGCGUCGGCGCCUUCGGACAAGCGAUCACCUCCCUCCAAAAGUCUGGCUUCUUUGAACCGCUCAAAGCCUACAUUGCCUCCGGCCGACCCUACUUUGGUAUCUGUAUCGGGCUCCAGGUCCUCUUUGCCUCCUCUACCGAAUCCCCGGAUCUCAAAGGUCUCGGCGUUGUCCCGUACGGAAUCACCAGGUUCGACUCUUCAGACACGCACGGUACGAGGGAUGGGCGGGGCAAGACCGUGCCGCACAUUGGGUGGAACGAUACCUGGCUGGCGUGGGGAGAUCAGGGGGAAGAGCGAUUGAUGCUGGACGAGGAUUACUACUUUGUCCACUCUUUCGCGGGAAUCGUCCCCAAAGAAGAGACGGAAGUGAGCAAGUACGUCUACUCGCUUACCCGGUACGGCUCGGAAACAUUCAUCUCGUCGGUCAGAUACGGAAACGUCUACGGGACACAGUACCACCCCGAGAAGUCAGGUCCGGCCGGGCUCGACCUCCUCCGUCGCUGGCUGGAAGCUCCCACAUCCCUCGUCUCUUCGCCUUCUCCUCCUAUCGGUAGCUGGGUCCCCAGCCCGCCUCAAUCCGCCCGCUCGUCCGGCACUGGCCUCACCAACCGUAUCGUCGCUUGCCUGGACGUCCGCUCCAAUGACAAUGGGGACCUCGUGGUCACCAAAGGCGACCAAUACGACGUCCGUGAAAAGUCAUCAGACCGGGGCGUACGGAAUCUCGGCAAACCUGUCGAGUUGGCGCAAAAGUACUACAAGCAAGGAGCGGACGAGGUGUGUUUCCUCAACAUCACCUCGUUCCGGUCCUCGGCGCUCCUCGAUCAGCCUAUGCUGGAGGUUGUCCGUGCGGCGGCAGAGACGGUCUUCGUCCCUCUCACGGUCGGCGGUGGUAUCAAGGAUACCGUUGACCCGGAUGGAACCAAGCGGUCAGCGCUGGAAGUAGCGGGCGCAUACUUCCGAAGCGGGGCGGACAAGGUGUCGAUCGGCUCGGAGGCGGUCUUUGCGGUGGAAGAGCUGCUGGAGCGGGAGGCGCAGGGUCUGGGCCUGACGGGAAAGACCGCCAUUGAGACCAUCUCGGCUGGGUACGGCGCCCAGGCGGUCGUCGUCUCGAUAGACCCCAAGCGAGUUUAUAUCGACACCUCGGACCCGGACUGGCUGGACAAGUUUGACCCAAAACACCGCGACUGUGUCAUUACCGGCGAGACGUCCACAACACGUACGAAAGACCAAGAAAAGGGCAAGGCGUGGUGGUACCAAUGUACCAUUUCAGGCGGGCGGGCCGUACGGGAUAUAGACGUGAUCCAGUUGGCGCGGGGAGUAGAAAAGCUGGGCGCAGGCGAGCUUCUGCUCAACUCGGUGGAUAGGGACGGGUCGGGUCUUGGCUUUGACCUCGAUCUGGUCAGGCUGGUCAAGGGCGCGGUGUCGAUCCCGGUGGUGACGAGUAGUGGGGCGGGGUCGGUGGCGGACUUUGAGGAGGUGUUUGAAAAGACGGGGACAGAGGCGGCGCUCGCAGCGGGGAUAUUCCACAGAGGGGAGGUGCAGAUCGGGCAGGUCAAGGAUGGAUUGGCAAAGAGGGGGAUGCCUGUUAGGAAAGACGUAGAAGGAGUAGAUCUAUAG